AUGGAGAAGGGAAUGAACGUUCUACAUGACUUUGGGAUCCAGUCAACACAUUACCUCCAGGUGAAUUACCAGAACUCCCAGGAUUGGUUCAUCUUGGUGUCUGUGAUUGCAGAUCUCAGGAAUGCCUUUUAUGUCCUCUUCCCCAUUUGGUUCCAUCUUCGAGAAGCUGUGGGCAUCAAACUCCUCUGGGUAGCUGUGAUUGGAGAUUGGCUCAACCUCGUCUUUAAGUGGAUUCUCUUUGGACAGCGCCCAUACUGGUGGGUUUUGGACACCGACUACUACAGCAACACCUCGGUGCCGCUGAUAAAGCAGUUCCCGGUCACCUGUGAGACUGGCCCAGGGAGUCCCUCUGGCCACGCCAUGGGUACAGCAGGUGUAUACUAUGUGAUGGUCACAUCUACCCUCUCUAUCUUUCGCGGAAAGAGAAAGCCAACCUAUAGAUUUCGGUGCUUGAAUGUCAUGUUGUGGUUGGGAUUCUGGAUCGUGCAACUGAAUGUCUGCCUGUCACGAAUCUACCUUGCUGCUCAUUUUCCCCAUCAAGUUGUUGCUGGAGUCUUGUCAGGCAUUGUGGUUGCUGAGACUUUCCGCCACAUCCAGAGCAUCUACAAUGCCAGUCUCAAGAAGUACUUUCUCAUCACCUGCUUCCUGUUCAGUUUCGCCGUUGGAUUUUACCUGCUGUUAAAGUGGCUGGGGGUCGACCUGCUAUGGACUCUAGAGAAAGCCAAGCGAAGGUGUGAGCGGCCAGAGUGGGUCCACAUUGACACGACGCCCUUUGCUAGCCUCCUCAAGAAUCUGGGGACCCUCUUUGGCUUGGGUCUGGCUCUCAACUCCAGCAUGUACCGGGAGAGCUGCAAGGGCAAGCUUAGCAAGUCGUUCCCAUUUCGCCUCAGCUGCAUCGUGGCCUCCCUCAUCCUCCUGCACCUCUUUGACUCUUUGAAACCCCCCUCCCAAAUUGAGCUGAUCUUCUAUGUCCUGUCCUUCUGCAAGAGUGCAGCGGUGCCCCUGGCAUCUGUCAGCCUCAUCCCCUACUGCCUCGCCCGGGUGCUGGGCCAGCCCAACAAGAAGACUUUGUAA